AUGUUUGAGACACAGCAGAAAUGGGAGAAGUUCAACCAUGAGUGGAACUCUUUGGUGUAUUCAUCUUUUGAAAUUCAAUACGAUGAGCAUCUUAAAUCAUUACUUAAGGAAUUCAGUAGUUAUCCCGAUGCAGUCAAGGCUGAGAGUGCACAUGCAAAACUUAAAAGACAAUUGGGUUCAUGUCAAGUCUCAUUUCAGGCAUCAUUUGAGAAAAUACACAGUCUUCUUAAGUUGCAACACACUGAUAUCAAGGCUUCAUUUGAGAAAAGUCUAACUGUUAUGCAACAUCAAUUUAAACCUUCUCAGUUCAGGGAGCUACGGGGUAAUGUGUCUAUCUCUACAUUAGAGUAUUUGCUUGUAGAAAGUAAGAGAGCCAAUUCCAUUGGUAUUGAUGUUGAAGCUUGUGGAUGCAUCCUUCACCACACUUAUGGUUUACCUUGUGCCCAUGAGAUUGCUGACUAUAUCAGACAAGAUCGUCCUAUACCACUUGCUACCAUACACUCACAGUGGAGGCAACUUCAUAUCUCCGUAUGCAACAAAGAAGACGAAACGGAGGUGACUUGUCAUGCAGAAGUAGAGUUGUUUGUGAACAAGUUUAAUGAAAGUGAUAGAACCAUGCGGUUGGAGCUUUCGAAGAAGUUGAAAGAGAUUGUAUAUCCGGGAAGCACUUUUCUUGUUGAGCUGGAGGUGAAGCCCAAAACACGUCCUCGGGAUCAUAAGAAAAUCAAUGUUUCUACUCGUCGUGACCCCUGUGCAUUUGAGUUGGUGCAAUCUGGACAUGAUUCCUUCUCACCUAGGGACACUCAAAUCACUACAUUAGCUCCUACUCUGCAAACCAAGAAGAAACGACCUGUUAAGGGAAAGGAGAAGGUGAAUUCGAAAGGGAAGGUAUACAUUACUAGAACAGUGAAACCUGGUGCAUAUGUUGAUGCUUUCCCUUCUGGGUUGAAACCAUACAUUAAGUUUGUCAAAGAUGUAGCUGCGGAUGGGAAUUGUGGUUUCAGGGCUAUAGCUGCUUCAAUUGGUCAUACAGAAGAUGAUUGGGCUCAGGUUAGGCGUGAUUUGUUGGGUGAGCUGCACACACACAAAGAGGAAUACAUUACACUUUAUGGGUCCUACGAAAGGUUUGAAGAAUUGACAAGCAUAUUGUCAUACUUUGAAGGCAGUCCUGGAUACUCACAUUGGAUGACUAUGCUAGACAUGGGGCAUCUUGUUGCAUCGUGCUACAAUCUUGUGUUAUACCACUUGUCAUUACAGCAAUGUCUCACCUUUUUACCUCUUCGAACAGUGCCAGUACCUCAACUUGAUAGACGUGAGAUUGCCAUUGGGUUUGUCAACGGAAAUCAUUUCGUCCAGGUUUUGUUGUAG